CAACAAGCGCCAACUCUCACUUUCAAAUAACUGAAAUGGCGCUCCCUACAAUCUACAAAGCCCCCAUUUCCACUCACUCCCUAGACCCCUCUCUACUACUCUCUCUCUCCCUCUCUCUCUCCUCCACUAUCUCAACUGGGUCUACCUGGGACCAUGGUGGCGGAGCAGGAGACCAGCGUGCGCGUCACGCGCGCUGCGAGGAAGAGGGCCGCUGCUGCCAUGUCUGACGAGCAGACGCCGACCAAGAAGAGAGUGGUGUUGGGGGAGCUUCCGAACUUGUCGAACGUCGUCGUUCCGACGGCAAACCCGAGUUCUGGAGCGGGGCCGCAGAAGCCGAAAUGUAAAACGAAUGCGAAGAACGGAAAGAAGCCCGCGACGACGACGGCAAAUGCGAAGCCCGCCGGGACAGCGGCAGGAGACACGGAUGCCAAGUCGAAUGAUCCGCAGAUGUGCGAGCCUUAUGUUUCCGAGAUUUAUGAGUAUCUUCAUAAGAUGGAGGUGGAUCCGGAAAGGAGACCGUUACCUGCAUACAUUGAAAAGGUUCAGAAGGAUAUCAACUCUAAUAUGAGGGGUAUACUUGUGGAUUGGUUGGUGGAAGUUGCAGAGGAGUACAAGCUUGGUUCAGACUCUUUGCAUCUCUGCAUUUCCUAUAUUGAUAGAUUCCUGUCUUUCAAUUCUCUGAGCAGGCAGAAGCUUCAGCUACUGGGUGUUUCUGCAAUGCUUAUUGCCUCAAAGUAUGAAGAGAUUAGUCCUCCUCAUGUUGAAGAAUUUUGUUACAUAACAGAUAAUACUUAUACAAAAGAAGAGGUGGUGAAAAUGGAGGCUGAAAUACUCAAGUCCCUGAAGUUUGAAAUGGGCAGUCCUACAAUAAAGACUUUUCUAAGACGAUUCACUAGAUUUGCUCGAGAGAGUUACAAAACUUCCAAUCUUCAGUUGGAAUUCCUUGGUUACUACCUUGCAGAGCUAAGUUUAUUAGAUUAUGCUUGUGUAAAAUUUUUGCCUUCUUUGGUUGCUGCAUCUGUUAUGUUUGUGGCGAGGUUUAUGAUCCGGCCAAAGAUGCAUCCUUGGUGUUCAACGCUGGCAAAGAGCUCUGGGUAUAAACCAGCUGAUUUAAAGGAAUGUGUUCUUAUUAUACAUGACUUGUAUCUGAGUAGAAGAGGAGGUUCUCUCCAAGCUGUAAGAGAGAAAUACAAGCAGCAUAAGUUCAAAUGUGUGGCAACCAUGCCUUCGCCUCCAGAAAUACCAGCUUCUUAUUUUGAAGAUGUUAGAGAAUGACAGGUAGAUUGGCAGUUAGGACAUGGCUUUUCAAAGAAUUAGUUAAAGAUUUAUUUAGCUGCUUGAGAAGACCUUGCAAACUAGGAAGGAAGAUUGGAUUUUUGUUGCUGUGGUUUGUCAUGAUUGAUGGAGGCUCUACGAAGUGAAGCCAUGAACUGCAAAGGCUUCACUGCUGCAGUGAUCUGAUUCUUGGUGAUUUCUAGUUUGUAUCUGAAUGCUUUGGUAACACAAAGUCCCACUAACACUAGGUUUUUUUUUUUUUUUUUUCAAAUCUCUUUACAAGGGAGAUAAUUUGUAAAUUUUUUUUUUGUAGUUGGUUGGUCAUUUUGGCAAGCUGAUUUUUCUUUUAAUCCAAUUACUGAAAAUAAGAUUUAUCAGGCGCUAAAUUGGAUUGA